ACAAGUGGAGAGAAGGUGAGCAAGCUGAGCCUGGUGGAUCUGGCUGGAAGUGAGCGGGCUGCAAAGACCGGAGCGGCAGGGGAACGACUGAAAGAAGGCAGCAACAUUAACAAGUCUCUCAGCACUCUGGGUUUGGUGAUCUCAGCCUUGGCUGACCAGGGAGCGGGACACAACAAGAACAAGUUUGUUCCCUACAGGGACUCUGUGCUCACCUGGCUGCUGAAG